UAAAUUGGCUAUAUAAAUAGUAUAAGUACAUUAUACAGGUACUUAAAUUAUAUAAUUACAGUGUAAAAUACUUUUAUGUGCAAAAGGCUGUGAAAUUUCUUUGGUUUUCGAUUCUUCAUAACAUUUUGAUUGUUAAUUGAUUCAUUUAAGAUGGCUGAACCAAAAAUUCGUAUUGUUGCUAAAAAAGCAAUCGUGGGUGAAGGUCCACAUUGGGAUGCGAAACAACAAGCACUUUAUUACGUUGAUAUACCAGGACAUUGCUUUCAUAAAUAUACACCAUCAAAUGAAAAAGUAACAACUUGUAAUUUUCCUGAUGGAGCUGUGUCCUUGGUUGUACCAUUGAAGGAUACUGAGGAUAAAUUUGUUGUAAGUCACAAUAGAAAAAUUGUUAUCGUUACCUGGGAUGGAGUUAGCGAUCAACCGACUAAUAUUGAAGAAAUUUGUGAAGUUGAUACAGCAGAUGGAAUCACUACAAAUCGUCUUAAUGAUGGAAAAUGUGACCCUUUUGGACGUUUAUAUGCUGGUACAAUGGGAUACGAGUCAAAACCUGGACACGUUGAGCUUGGAAUGGGAUCGUUAUAUUCAUUUGAUUUGAAAAAUCGCAAAGCAAAGAAACUUGUGGGUGACAUAUCUAUUGCAAAUGGCUUGACAUGGAAUUUGAGCUUAAAUAAAAUGUACUAUAUUGAUACUUUAACUCAUAAAGUUGAGCAAUUUGAUUAUGAUGCUCAAACUGGAAAUAUUUCAAACAGGGAAACGGUAUUCGAUUUCAAUAAACAUAAAAUUCCUGGCAAUCUUCCUGAUGGAAUGACUAUUGAUACUGAAGGUUGUUUAUGGGUUUGUUGUUUUAAUGGUGGACGUGUUCUUCGUAUUGAUCCUAAAACAGGCGAAUUAUUACGAACAAUUACAUUUGAUGCUCUUCAGACUACAUCGGCUACGUUUGGUGGACCACAUUUAGAUAUAUUAUACGUAACAAGUGCGGCAGUCGCAGAUGAAAAAACAAAUCCUAAAGCUGGAUGUUUGUUUGAAGUCACUGGAUUAGGUGUGACAGGUUUACCCGGAGAUAAUGCUGUUUUAUGAUUUUAAUAUGACUAAAAUACGACCCUUAAAAUCAAUAUGUUCAUGUAAAAUACAAUAUGAAAUAAAAUUUUUAAUGCAUGUUUUUAAA